CGUGAUUGACAGCAAUUACAAGGCAACCUAUAUAUAGUUUAGAGUUUAAUUUGAAGUCAAAACAUGCAGUGUUCUGUAAAGUGUUAUGGCGAUAGAAUCCGCCUGCAGGUCGUAAUAGCACGUGGUUGACUGAGAUGGCGAGUAGACGUGUGUGGAGAUAUAGACAAGUUAUCAUCGUCACUGGUUUGGCGGGAACGGUGUCACUGUUUGUUAUUCUCGGAGCGACAUUCGCUCGGGACAAGUACAGAGUUGUGACAGCCACACCAUCCUGUUGUCGUCACGGUGUCACGUACGGAGGAUGGAUGACGCCCCUUGAGGAGGGGGGAUGUGUUCCCGAUACCUCAGUACACACAGGUGUGUUACAGACACAGAUGCCCACGCCAUCUUGGACACGUGUGGACUUCUCGGACACUUUCCCCGUCGGAGAUGGAGGGGGGUCAGUUAUCUCCCCUUGGAUACGCAAAAUGUCAGCCAUCAUGUCCAUGGACGUUCAAUGUAAUGAAACGUACGAAUUAGGCCACCACCCAUCACUCACAAUGGAUGUCCGUCUAGGCUACCAAAACAGGGGAGACUACACAACGCAAUGGACCCAGCUUGCCUACAGGACAAUCUCACGCCAACUCGAUUGUCGACUUAAACAUGCCCGUGUCCGUCAUGGCAAGCAGUACGAGUGUCAGUUACUUCCCUUGUUUGAGAUGUAUGACGUGAGGCACAACGUCUACAUCAUCAACAUCAGGCUGAACAACACCUUCAGCAACGCCGUCAUCCAACCUGAAGAUGUACAUCAGCUACAGCUAAUAACGAUACUCGACAACCCUGACUUCACCAAGACGUUUCUGUACAUGAAGUCGUGCAUGAUGGUGCUGAUGCUUGUAGUCACGGUCGCCUGCUUCAGAAAAAUGACAAGCAACUUCACAGACAUCCUCCUGAAUAGGACAAUUGUGGCAGUUGGGGUGAUUCAGGUCAUAUAUAACAUACCAACUGCAUGGUUGACGACAUUACCUUUCACCUACAUCAUCAACGACAUUUUGGAAGUCGGGCUACUAUUCGCCAUCUUGUUACACGGCUCAGCUCUUGUUAGCGGUGACAAAACAGAUCUCAAAGCGAGGCUGAAGAUUAACCGGAAACUGCUGAGUGUCGUCUGCCUCAUUUCUUUGUUGAUGGUGCUGUAUAGAGUUGUAAUGAGAACAAAGUCUUUGAGUGACCCCUUGUCAUCCAUGUGGACAACUGUCUUGGCGAAGCAGAUGGCGGUGUCUCUCCUCAUCCUCAUCAGUUUCUGGUUGACGUUGGUGCUGAUAUACUUGACGUGGGUGGCCACGGUCGACAGCCCUUCCCACAGACAUGGCCAGAUGCACAAUAGGAACAAUUUAAUGCUGGGAUACCGUCGUCACGUCUAUGCUGUUGCUGUAUGUUCGGCGUUGGUGUUGUCGUCCAUCGUCGUCCAUGACGUUGGCGAUGGGAUAUACAGAUGGGGAAGUGAUCUCAGCACAGACAACACUGGAGUGGUAUUAAUUGGCCUGUAUGGGUGCAUCAACGUCAACACAGCAUGGAUACUACUGACGUUCUGCAUGCCUCCACAGUGUGACCAGUCCAAGAGCACUGUGGUCUACACAACUGACGCUGGUCAGGUUGACAUCCAGACGUUCAGGAGUGAGACGGGCGGGACGCAGAGAGAGGUUGAUGUUGAGGGACUGGAGGAAAACCGCGUCCUUGUUUGUGGUGUUGAUGCUGACUAUCUUCUUGACCCGACAAUCACGACCUUGCAUGAUUGAUUAGGAACAGAGAAACUGCCUAAAA